GUCUCGCGGCCGCUUCCGUGUUUGGGCGUGAUGGAGUCGGUCCUGAGCGAAGUAGUGGCGUUGGAGGAUCUAAAAAGAUUCGAGAAGAAGUUCAAUUCUGAGCAAAGCUCUGGCAAUGUCUCCAAAGGAACACAGUUUGAGUAUGCUUGGUGCCUGAUCCGCAGCAAAUACAAUGAGGACAUCAAAAAGGGCAUUGACCUUUUGGAAGAACUGUUGACCAAAGGGAACAAAGAAGACCAGAGAGAUUACGUGUUUUACCUCGCGGUAGCCAAUUACCGGCUGAAGGAAUACGAAAAGGCUCUGAAAUGCAUCCGAGGCCUAUUGAAGACUGAGCCAAACAACACGCAAGCCUUGGAGAUGGAAAAACUGAUCAAGAAAGCCAUGCAGAAAGAUGGCUUGGUUGGCAUGGCGAUCGUUGGUGGCAUGGCGUUGGGAGCGGCCAGUCUGGCGGGCCUGAUCGGCUUGGCCAUUGCCAAAUCCAAAUCCUAAGGCCGAUAGGGUAGGCCUCCCUUCUCUUCCUCUGGCGGAGCAAGCCCGGCCUGGGCAUCUGGAAGACCCAACCCUCCAGAGAAGCGAGCGGAGGGAUGAUUCAAAACCCUUUUGUUUUCUUCAAAUGUCACUAACCUGUCUGUAAUUCCUGGAUUUCGGUCCUCAUUUCUCCCCCCCUCCCCCACUGAUCAGCUGCUAUGUUCACGAGGGCAAAGAGCGAUAAUAAUGCAGAAAUUGCCCAGAGAAUGAGGGUGCCCUGGGACUAUAAUCCCAAUUUUCCUCUUGCGUUAAUCCAAGCUGAGGUUCUUCUGAUAUCUCUCCUUCCACUGGUACAAGACGUACUAAGUCCUUCUCUCUCUCUGCCUUUCGCUUCUCCCAAAAAUUUGGGAAGAGUCUUCUGGUGAAGUACGGGAGCCAAACGCGAACCCACUUUGGUGUCCCUUCUGGAGAUAACCAGGAUGUCUUUCUGCCUUUCAGAUGAAGCUUUGGCCAAGUGCUGGGGAUAAGGCAGCCUUCGGGG